AAUAGCAGAAUUCGCGGGAAAGUAAUGAAAAACAAACCUGUUGAAACGUGCGAACUUAACGUUCUAGUCUAGUUUGUGAAAAUAGUGCAAGGUGUAAGAAUAAUAGUAAUUUUUUAUAAUUCAUCAUGGAUGAAUUUCCUAAUCCAGAAGAUGAAUAUGAGUUGAUGUAUGCUGAAGAACUCGAAGUACUACGAGAAAUCGAAGAAGCUGAAGCGAAAAAAUCAACAACUCAAUCUACACCACAAUCGGAAAUUAAUCAACAAAUACAAAAUCAAAAAAGCCAAACAGUAACUACAGGAAAAAAUGUGACAAUUGAUUCACAACAAGGGUCAACACAGUUGACGCAACAAGGAUCAACUAAUAAUCAUAAUGGUACUAAAGAUCCUGUGGUAAAAAAUUUAUUUGGAACUAAAAGUAAUGGUUUACAAUCUACCACUGUGGUUAACGGUAGUUCAUCCAAUGCAUCUACAUCUUUUGAUCCUGUGGUAAAAAAUUUAUUUGGAACUAAAAGUAAUGGUUCACAAUCUACCACUGUUGUUAUCGGUAGUUCAUCCAAUGCAUCUACAUCUUUUGACAAUUCAAAAAAGAGAUCUAUUAAUCAAAUUGAAUGCGAUAUCCCAUCAACAUCAAAGGGAAUUAUUGAUUUGGAUAGUGAUAUUUAUGGUUCACACGAUAGAAAAAAACCACGAUGGGACCAACCUGAAGAAGUAAUGAAAUUAAUUCUUGAAAGAAGAAAUAACUUACAUAGGAAAGACUCAAAAAAUGGUGGAAAUACAUCAAGAAAAAAAAAAGUAAACUCUAUAACAAAAAGAGUUCCUAUGCAUAAUUUUGUUGCAGUCACCCGUUAUACUGAUGGAGAACGAUUUUAUGUGAAAGUCUGUGAUCGAAGCAUGCAAUCUAUUAAAGUUGAUCGUUCAAAAUCAAAAAAUUUGUUUAAAUCAUUCUCUCAGUUGAAGGAAGAAGCAGAAAAUAUUUUAGAAAAAAAUAGAGAAAAAGCAUUAUUAAAACCAUUAGUUUCUGCUCGCAAAGAAAAUUCUAGUAAUCAAUUAUGGGUGGAUAAAUAUAAACCAACACGAUACUUGGAGCUACUAUCAGAUGAAUCUGUCAAUAGAUCAUUGCUUUAUUGGCUGAAAUUAUGGGACAAAGUUGUUUUUGAUAAAGAUACUAUAAUACGUCCAAAUAAACCAGCACCUGUUACCAAAUUUAAAAAUAAAUUUAAAAAAGAAGAUCUUGUUCCUGAUCUAGAUAAAAACGGUUUUCCAACUCAGAGAAUAGCUCUACUUACUGGGCCUCCUGGAUUAGGUAAAACUACAUUAGCUCAUAUAUCAGCAAGGCAUGCUGGAUACAGUAUAGUUGAAUUAAAUGCUAGUGAUGACAGAGGUCCUGAAGCAUUCAGGGAAGCUUUGCUCUCAUCAACUCAAAUGAAAGCUGUCAUUGAUGAGGAAAAAAGACCAAACUGCUUAGUACUGGAUGAAAUUGAUGGGGCUCCUGCAGCUUCAAUAGAGUUACUUUUAAAAUUUAUUCAUGGUAAAUUGGCUCCAAAAGGAAAAAAAGAUAAAGUUGUUAAAAAUAACCUUGGAUGCAAACGACCGAUUAUUUGUAUUUGCAAUGAUUUAUAUGCACCAUCUUUGAGACCGUUGAGACAAAUGGCCUUAGUGUUAAAUGUACCUGAGAUAAGUUCAUCAAAUUUAGUUGAACGCUUGAGCGAAAUCGUACGCAAAGAAGGUUUAAGUAUCGAUGGAAGAUUAUUAUUGGAGUUGGUCCAUAAAUCGGGUUGCGAUAUUAGAGCUUGUCUCGGUAUAUUACAGUACACAGGAGGUAGAUCGAAUAUGCUCAAAGAUCUUACUCUUGGCCUCAAAGAAACACGUAAGGGUUUGUUCGAUUGUUGGAAAGAACUAAUGCGUAUACCAACAGAUCGACGCGGAUCUCUACCCGAUUCCGAAAGAGCGAAAAAAGUCAUGACGAUUGUACAUCAAGGCGAGUCCGAAAGAUUGGCGCAGGGUAUAUUUCACAACUAUCCAAACAACUGUAGAAGUAAGCUCUCAACUGUAUCAAAAUCUUUGGAUUGGUUCGAAUACUAUGACAUCAUGAAUAGAGCAGUUAUGGAACAUCAGAGUUGGAUGCUGAUGCCAUACACGAAUUUUGCGUUCAUUGCGUGGCAUUUGGGUUUAGCGAGCCCUCAGAUGCCCAAGAUUUCUUUUCCAUCAACCACAUUCGAGGUUAAUCAAAAAAUUGAACGAAAUCAAGCUGUACUUUCAUUGAUAAAAAAGAAAAGUAAACUCGACAAAAAUGCACUUGUAACAGAGGUUUUGCCGUAUCUGCCAGACCUACUGUGUCCUCAACUACGUUCCGUGAAUGCGCAGCUUUACUCAAAUAAAGAAAAAGAAGAACUGAGGCGUUUGGUUGAUACAAUGUUGGAUUUCGGUCUUACAUUUACUCAAAUAAAAAAACCUGAAGGUGGUUACCAAUAUUAUCUUGAUCCAAAUAUAUGGGACAUAGGCGUAUUCCCUCAGUGCAAUUCUCACAAAUCAUUGUCUCACGCUGUCAAACAGAUUGUUAUUCAAGAAUUGGAAGUUACAAGAUUGCAGCGAGCUGCCAUUGCCAGUGGCGAACCAACGAACCAAAAUCCGUCAGCCCAAAAAUCAAUGGAAAGUGGAUCAAAAUCCGGUGCAUCUAAGUCUGGAUCUGCUUCGCAAGCUUCUCAAUCGAGCGAUAAUGUUCCGAGUCAUUUAAGAACACUUAAUCCAGUGCAAAUUGAACCAACUGCUGAAAAGAAAUGUCGAAACUUUUUCCGUGCCUUUCAACAAGCUGGACAAGAAAAGUUGAAAGCAAAACAAGCCAAAGAAAAAGAACUGGGAAUCGUUAGUUCAGAGAAAAUUUCAAUGGCAGAACAAGAAAAGCAGAAUUUAAAGGAUAAAAUGCAGUUGUUUAGGACCGAUAUAACUUAUAUUUUUAAAGAAGGUUACAGCAAUGCUGUAAGAAGAACCGUGCUUAUGAAAGAUCUAUUGAAAAAAUAAUUUUCAUAAUGUAAAUACAAUA